GUCGCCUCUGCAACCCCCCUCUGCUCCCGCUAGCAGCCCAUCCUCGCUGCUUGUCUGGGUCUGGGAUUGUUGUUUUUCUCAUCUCUUUCCCGGCUCGCUUCCAUCUCCCUGCGGCCACCCCUGGUCGGGCUCCCGAGCCAUGGGUAACAACCAUUCGGCGUCCAACAAGGCGGGCGGGCCUGGGUCGACGCCGCCGCAGGCGCCAUCGUCGCAGUCAGGCGUCGAGUCCCCUCGCCAUCACCACCGCAAGGACGGUUCGCGCAACAUCAUCCCCAUCCAUCGCGCCGCCGCCGCCCCGGAGUCGUCGACGCUCCAGGCCCAGGGCUCCAUCGCCGCUUCCGUGCCCAAGCCCAAGAGCGUGCCCACCACUGCCGUGUCUUCCCUUAGCGGCUCGCCGCACAGCAGCACCGUCUCCUCCGUUGCCAACGCCGCAGCCGCCGUUACCGCGGCCGUCGUCGCGGGCAGCCCUAAGCCAUCCUCGCCACGGCCCAUUAUCCGCGACGAACCUUCCAAGCCCGUCGCUGUUCCCAUCGAGGGGUCCUUGGUGCGCCCUCAGAUCCCCGCCGUGCCGCCGUAUCUCGAGGCCCAGCUCUUCUCCAACAAUAGCCUUACGGACAUGUACAUGAUGCGCCCGCCUCGCCUGCCGCUUCCUAUCGAGGAGGAGCUCCACAGACCUGGCUCGCCCAUUGCCGGCCCCGAUGAGAACCUCACCGAUCUCGAGCUGGGCGAGACAUCCGAUGGCUUAACAAGAAAGAGCUCUGGGCUUAGCAACGGAACGGUUGAAGAUGAUGAGGGCGAUGAGCUACGUGUGGACAAGACCGGGCGGGUGGUUCCCACCAAGAUUGUCUGGAACGGUGGAGGUGAAAAAGUCUAUGUGACUGGUACGAUUUUCCAAUGGAACAAAAAGCACCGGCUACUUCCUGUUGAGGGCCAGCCUGGUGUCUUUGCCGCCACCAUCUACGUCUUGCCCGGUACGCAUCACAUCCGCUUCUUGGUGGAUGGAAUUAUGCAGACAACGUCUACUCUUCCCACGACUGUCGAUUUCGGAAACAACUUGGUAAACUACAUCGAAGUCAGAUCAGAAGACUCAUCGGCAGUGAAACAAGGCGAAGCUGGGGAAGCUGUUGAGGCUGGACAAGAGAAGGAGGCGGCUCAGAAUGAAUCGCAGUCCAAAGAAGAGCUCAAGGUGGCCAAGCAGAAGCUUAUCUUGCCACAAGAAGCCUACAGUAGCCAAAUUCCACCAUACCUACUCGAUUUCGACCAGACCGAGGAGUCGCCAGCCUACCGCAAUGCUGAGAGUGCGAUUGAGAAGAUGGCUACACCACCCAGCUUACCUGGUUUCUUGGGCAAACCAAUCCUCAAUGCUGCUACCCUUAUGAAGGACGACAAUAGCGUCUUAAAUAUGCCGAAUCAUACUGUUUUGAAUCACCUUGCUACGAGCAGCAUUAAGAACAAUGUCUUGGCCGUUUCAGCGACUAUUAGAUAUCGCAACAAGUAUGUUACUACAAUUAUUUAUAAGCCUACUUCAGCGGAUGAAGGUUAAAGCUGGCUUGCUAAAAUAGCAUUGGAAAUGGAGAAUGGAGAAAGGAAGUUUCUAUUUUGGUUAAAGAGAGCUAAUAUGUAUUACUUUGCCUUUUCUUUUUAUUCCCCCCUGUAUCACCCUUUAUUACAACCUUUUUGAUAUAGGGAGGGCCUUUUCUUUUUGACACGAUAUGCAUUUAUUUACAUGAGAUGGUGGGGUGGCAACGAG